AUGGAUAUACUUAAAAGUGUAUUCGGAUUAAGGAAUAAAAUGGUUUACAACGAUAAUAAGAUACUGCUGAAAAAUUUGAAUGAAGAUGAUCCAUCAAAAGUUACAAAUGUGAAAGCAGAAGAUUAUCCAAUUCCAGAAAAGUAUUUAGAAGAUCCUGAUAAAAUUCCAAAAUAUUAUGUCUUCCAAUCAAAUAUGGUUACAGAUGAAGAUUUACAACCUGGAAUGUUAAGACAGUUAGAAGUAGACAAAAGAUUAACACUACCAACUAGGACACAUAUAUCUUUUCUAGUCACAGCUACGGAUGUUAUUCAUUCAUGGUCUAUACCAAGUCUUGGUAUUAAAGCAGAUGCAAUCCCAGGGAGAUUACAUAAAGUAACAACUUUUAUAUUGAGAGAAGGUGUAUACUAUGGACAAUGUUCUGAAAUGUGUGGUACGCUACAUGGAUUUAUGCCAAUUGUUGUAGAGGCUGUUUCUCCUGAGGCUUAUGCUGCUCAUGCCAAGAAAUAUUACAGAGACUAG